AUUCGUCACGCGGCCAAGAACCUUCUUUUUCGCUCUCCGUCAGUAGCGCGUAAGGUGCUGUGUUCUUCAGCCGAAGCUAAGGCCGAUUCCCAGCCGGCGACUAGCACCGCGCACCGCCUCGUCUCCCCGCCAUGGCCUCCGUCUCCGAGCUCGCCUGUAUCUACUCCGCCUUAAUCCUGCACGACGACGAAGUCACCGUCACGGAGGACAAAAUCAACGCUCUAAUUAAAGCAGCAGGAGUGAAUGUUGAACCUUUUUGGCCUGGUCUGUUUGCAAAGGCUUUAGGCAGCAUUGACAUUGCGAGUCUCAUCUGCAACGUGGGAGUUGGUGGUGGUGCUCCAGCUGCGUCAGCUCCUGCUGGUGGAGGAGCCCCUGCUGGUGGUGCUGCUGCUCCUGCUGAGGAGAAGAAAGAAGAAGAAAAGAAGGAGGAGUCGGAAGAAUCUGAUGAUGACAUGGGUUUUGGUCUCUUUGACUAAACUGCCUUUUUGUACUCUUUGUAAUAAAGAUACAGACAUGUAGAUGAAA